UUGUUUUGUAUCGUGGGUUUUGUAGGAAUAAUCGGUAAUCUAAUGGUGAUUUAUAUCAUUCUCUCUGAUAGAAAAAUGCGGAAAUCAGUGACGAACAUGUUAAUUUUGAAUUUAGCUCUAGCAGAUUCUAUUAUCAUGUUAUUCGGUGUUCCAGAGAUAGUUUUAUUCAUGCUAAAUAAGGGAUGGUUAUUAGGUUUGGUCAUGUGUAAAUUACAGAGAACGCUGCUUGUCUGUGGAUUAUAUUCAUCAGUACUAACAUUAGUUGCUGUUUGUGUUGAAAGGUAUAUAGCUAUAGUGUUUCCUAUCAGAGCCCAUUUAUUAUGUACUAAAAGAAGAAUUUUAAUGGUAAUCGUGCUUAUUUGGAUUUUAUCUGUGUUAUGUGGAAUACCAACGACUAUUUUUAAUACUGUGGCAUCGUCAUUCCCUGGUUCACACGUUAAAUUCUGUAUGACUAUCUUUCCUGGAAACUCUAUAGAAUAUAUGAAGAUAUUUAAAUUUACCGAAUCAGUGCUUUUCUAUUUCGAACCAUUACUAGUUCAGUUAGUGUGUUAUAUAGUAAUAGGUAAACGUUUAUUCGUCGGCGUUGAAACGUUACAUCGAAACGCAACCGUUCGUUGUCGAACCGAACUGAACGGAACCUCCCAUAACAAUCGCGGUAGAACAUCAGAAGCUAUAAGAGCUAGAAAGGGUGUAGUGAAAAUGUUGAUAGCUAGUGUUAUAAUAUAUUUUCUGAGUUAUUCGCCACAUCAAAUCUUACUGUUUUAUAAUACAUUUUCAUCACAGCCUUUCCACGACUCGUGGUUAUUUGUGGUGAUAACGACUACUCUUGCCUACAUCAAUUCAGCAGCCAAUCCUAUACUCUAUUGUGUUUUUAGUGAAAAUUUUCGUUUGAAAUUCAGGAAAUUAUUGCAUUGUUUAUUAUGUAUUGAAUCGGACAAUGAA